GUGGCCGAGAAGUUAAGCCUCUAAUGUGACAGAAACUUCCCGUCUGUAUAUAUAUAUAUAACGCAUAAAAGGAAAUCAAUAUUGCAAUAAAUGGAAUCAAAUCGCAUGUUAACAAUUAGUAAGGUCAUUAGUAACAACAAGAUGUAGACCUAUAUUUUCUUCUUCUUCGUCAUUUAUGCAGUUAUUUCAAAUCACAUCCUCUGUUUUUUGGUCUGUUGAGAGAGAGAGAGAGAGAGAGGGAGGGAUUUGAAAUGGGUUUUGCGGAGAGACAAAGAUGUCGUUCUUGUUGGGUGUCUGUGGGAUUGACAUUGUUGUUGGUUAGGUUGUCUUCUUCAAGAUGUUUUUCCUGCGAUAUGUACCAGGGGAGUUGGGUUGUUGACACGUCAUAUCCUCUGUAUAACUCGUUGGAUUGUCCUUACAUUCGCCAGGAAUUCGAUUGCCUCAAGUACGGACGCCCUGACCGUCUCUACCUUCAGUACCGGUGGCAGCCCAGCGGCUGUGACUUGCCCAGGUUUGAUGGGAAAGCAUUCUUGGACAAAUUCAAAGGAAAGAAAAUAAUGUUUGUAGGCGACUCUGUGAGUGCCAACCAUGUGGAAUCACUGAUUUGUUUACUCCAUGCGUCUGCACCUAAUCCCAACAUCAAGGUUGGAGGUCAUGAUUCAAUGGCUACAUACACAUUCCAGGAUUAUGAUCUAUCCAUAAGUGUGUUUCAUUCAGUUUAUUUAGUAGACAUUGUACCGGAAAAUGUCGGUCGAGUUCUGAAGCUUGAUUCUCUCAGCAAUGGCAACAUUUGGAAAGAUAUGGAUGUCUUGAUCUUCAAUACUUGGCUCUGGUGGUACCGGAGCGGCCCUAAGCAACCAUGGGAUUAUGUACAAUAUGGUGAGGAAGUAUUAAAGGACAUGGACAGAAUGGAAGCAUUUCGCAAAGCCUUGACUACAUGGGGUAAUUGGGUUGAUUCAGAAGUUGAUACAGCUAAGACUAAAGUAGUCUUUCAAGGGAUUUCUCCUAUGCAUUACAGGGGUGAGGACUGGGAUAGUCCGGGAGUGAGAAACUGUGCGAUGGAGAAGCAACCGAUAAGUGGAUCAAUGUACCGGGGAGGGCCUCCGCCGGCGUUGAAGGUGGUUAAGGAGGUGUUAAGUGGGAUUAAGAAACCAGUACAUUUGCUUGAUAUAACAACUUUGUCACAGCUUAGAAAAGAUGCACAUCCUAGCUCCUUCAAUGGCUUCCAUGGCAUGGAUUGCACACAUUGGUGUCUUGCAGGAGUUCCAGACACUUGGAAUGAGCUGCUUUUUGCUGCUCUUACUGAUUAGAAUAGAUGGGAAUUGAUUCAUUGUUUGUACAACAAUGGAGUAAUUUUUUAAUGGUUAAGUAUACCUUCUCAAUAAUACAUAUUUUUUUUUACUUGAAAGUCAUAAUUAAGGUACUAUGAUAGCAA